GAAACGCAAAAAUGACCAAUAUUACUCUCAAUUGUUUUAUCAUUCCUACUGGUUCGUUUAGUGGUAUUUCACCUCGUAGUGCUAGUUUUGAAAUUACGAUUCUCAGGAGUACUGAUGUUGCCGUGCUUCAAACUCAAAUUCAGAAUUACAUAAAUCAGUUACCGUCUCCAUUUAAUGAUGUUGAUAUUUUUCUUCGUGCAUAUCAUCCAGGGCCAGUAAAAUACCGAGUCAUGAAAGAGCAGUCACCAAUUUCUCAAUAUUUCAAUGGGGAUCUUCCCAACGUUUUUCAUAUUCUUGUACAGGAGGAUAGAUAG